GGUAAGGUGGUGUAGCGCCGCUCCCCGCUCCCUUAUGCCGUUUACAUGUGCAAAGGAGAGAGACAGGGGGAACCAUAUAUCUGGGUAUUUGAAAGCAGCACAGGCACGGAGGCAUAAUCCGCGGAGAUGUGUCCGAGACAUAUUUAACGUCAGAUUUGGACAGUAUGAGCAUCGCGCGAUGACUGUGUCCCCUGUACAGGCAGUGCACUGGCCAUCACUAAGUACRCCUACCUCAGAGCUGAAUCAGGUGUGUCAGUGCUGGGCUGGAACAAAAGCCUGCACACCGAGUAGCUCUUCAGGACCAGGGUUGGAGACCACUGCCCGUACCAGUAGAAGGAUGGCAUGAGAGACAGCCUUGGUGGUCCUCCUUACCUCUCCUGGAUGAGAUGGAAGAUGCUGAUAUAGCAGCAGGAGUAACCCAGCUAUCGCUCCGGGUGUUGUGAAGACCCAACCUGUGGAUCCAGUCGGAAGGUGGGCCUUCCACUAUCCAUUCCUGCCCUCCCUUUCCUCAGCCAAUGCUAGACUCCUACCACAGCCCAGUUUCACAUAGAUACUUCCUCCUUCGGUCAUUCAAGAGCACAUAGAUCAGGGAUUAUCAACUAGAUUCAACCGCGGGCUGAUUUUUUCUUSAGUGGAUGGUCWGGGGGCCGGAACUGACCGCAAGAAGCCCAAACAGAUAUAACAUUUGACUAAAACAUAAUAAUUGUAGCUGAUUUGCUGGUGAUUUUACAGUCAUUAAUGUCCAAAAAGAAAGAAAUAACAAUUUUCUUUGCUCUGCAAACUUCGGGGGGCCAAAAAAUAUCACCAGAGGGCCAAAUUUGUCCCGGCCCCGCAGGCCGCCAGUUGGGGAACCCUGACAUAGUUCCUUCCUGGUAAACAAAACCCAGGUUGUUGCACAGUAAGAAAAAAGCAGCGAGAGAGAAAAGUGCACUAGGCCUAUUUAUUAGUGUUGUUUUGGAGAGAAGAAGUAAUGCAAUAGAUGGAAUCAGAAGGAGUGAAAUGGAAGCGUCAAACAUGAUUAAAAGCWAUUUUUUACAAAGAAAAAAGGAACAAUUUAUCUUUUUUAUACACUGUCAUUUCAGUCAGAGAUGAACAGACUCAAACAGAAGAUCUCGUUCAAGUAACAGACAUUCUGUCAACGAAUCACACGUACACACACUUUGACCCACCUGCACACAGGGCUUUUGGGUAAACACAAACUCCCAACAUAGACGUUUUCUCUCAGAACCCGCCACACACUCUCCAGUCUCAUGAUGAUGUGCGAAGUGAUGCCCACCAUUUCGGAGGACGGGCGCGGUGGAGGCCCCUCCUCUCCUGGGGUCGGGGCUGGGGGCCCUGGUGGGGCCAUAGAGGGAGGGGGCUACGGUGGCCGAGGAGAAUCAAGGGGUGGGGGUGAUGAGGGAGGCAGCACAGGGAACCUGGAGUCCCUGAUGGUCAACAUGCUGACCGAGAGGGAGAGGCUGCCUGGAGAGCCGAGGAGACCCAGGACAGCCUUGACGGCCCAGCUACGCCUCAGAGAGCUAGGCCAUGAGAAGGGACUCCUCUCCAGACAGUUGUCCAUCGCCCUGCCACAGGAGUUUGCUGUGCUGACUAAGGAGCUGAAUGUUUGCCGGGAGCAGCUACUGGAGAGGGAAGAGGAGAUUUCUGAGCUCAAGGCGGAGAGAAACAACACACGUUUGUUACUAGAGCACCUGGAGUGUCUUGUGUCCCGUCARGAGCGCAGUCUGAGGAUGACGGUGGUGAAGAGACAGGCCCAGUCCCCAGCAGGGGUCUCCAGUGAAGUGGAGGUCCUCAAGGCCCUCAAGUCCCUGUUUGAACACCACAAGGCUUUGGAUGAGAAGGUUCGAGAGCGACUCCGGGUYGCCCUUGAGAGAGUGACUCUUUUGGAGGAUCAAUUACAAGCAACAGCACAAGAGGUCAUCUCUUUAAGAGACCCAAUUAAAAGACGGCAACAAGGGAUGGACGGCGGGAAAGAUCGCCUACCCAAUGGGCCGUCUUCUGGAUUGGARGGUGAGAUUGACAGACAGAGAGAAACGGAGAUAGAGCGCCUAAGAGCUGAGCUCUCCCAGCUGAAAGAGAGACUGGCCCUGAUGUGUCGACAGGUUGGGGAAAUAGAGGAACAGCUUGCAGCCGCCAGGAGGGAGGUGACAAAGUCGGAGGAGGCCAAUAAGAAGCUCCAGAGGGACGUGAAGGAGGCUCUGUGCCAGAGGGAGGAUAUGGAGGAGAGGAUUACUACAUUAGAACGCAGGUACCUUAGUGCUCAGAGGGAAGCAACCUCUCUACAUGACAUCAAAGACAAGCUGGAGAAUGAGCUGGCCAGCAAGGAGUCACUGCACAGACAGAGUGAGGAGAAGAACAGGCAGUUCCAGGAGCGUCUGGAGGACGCCAAGCAGAAGCUCCAGCAGACCCUGCAGCGGGCCGAAACACUGCCCGAGAUUGAGGCCCAGCUCGCCCAAAGAGUGGCUGCCCUCAACAAGGCAGAGGAAUGCCAUGGAAACUUUGAGGAGCGACUACGACAGAUCGAGGCACAACUUGAAGAGAAGAAUCAGGAGUUGCAGAGGGCAAGGCAGAGAGAGAAAAUGAAUGACGAACACAACAAACGCCUCUCGGAUACYGUGGACAAGCUACUGUCUGAGUCCAACGAGCGACUGCAGCUUCACCUCAAAGAGAGAAUGGCUGCCCUAGAGGAGAAGAAUGCACUGUCAGAGGAGUUAGCAAACAUGAAGAAAAUCCAAGAUGAUCUUUUAGCAAACAAGGACCAGCUCAUAGCCGAGCUGGAGAGGAUUCAGCUGGAGGUGGAUCAACUGAGGGGGAGGCCUGGCUCUUCCUAUUCCAGAUCUCUUUCAGGGAGUGCCUCAGAGCUCCGGUACCCCCAGGGUGGUGGCUCCCUCCCAGCCGGCUAUGGCAGCUCCUCCUGUGGCGUGGUGGUCCGYAGGGCACACCGCGGCCGAUGGGCUUCCCCUAGGGAUGAAAGCAACAAGUAUGGAGAGUGGGACUAGAGGCACAUGCUGGGUUCCAAGGUUUGUGAGGGGGGCCUGAUGGGGUUUGCCUCGCGACGACGAAGAGGAAGAGAGACCCUGUUUGGCUCGGAGCUGCUCUCGCCCAGCGGACAGACGGACGUGCAGACCCUCGCCAUCAUGCUGCAGGAGCAACUGGAGGCCAUCAACAAGGAGAUCAAGCUGAUCCAGGAGGAGAAGGAGAGCACUCAGCUGAGGGCGGAGGAGAUCGAGAGCCGGGUGAGCAGCGUGGCCUUGGACUCCAACCCUCUCCUCCCCCCCUCCUCACUGGGCGGGGGCAGGGAGAGUGUGGGGAGGGGCUACAUGACCCCCUCCCUCACUUCCUCCACCUUGGCCUCCCCGUCUCCCCCUAGCUCUGGACAUUCCACCCCUCGACUGUCACAUUCCCCUGCCCGAGAGUCAGACAGACAGAACAGCAAAGAGAGCGACGACUGCCGGGCGCUAGCCCUGAUUGACUCUACCCCUCCAGUUCCUCGCGCUCUGCGAUUAGACAGAAUGACUCACACACACCCAGGGGCGGGGCUGGAUGAUCACCGCGAAUUCCGCAGUAGUCAGGACUCUCUCCACAAAGCCAGCAAGAGGAAGAGCAUCAAGUCCUCCAUUGGACGCCUGUUUGGAAAGAAGGAGAAAGGGAGGAUUGGAGGACCUGGGAGUCAGUCUGCCUCUCUGGCCUCCACGCCCUCUGAUGACCUGGGAUCAGCCGACCCCCUGGGCCUGGCCAAGAUGGGAACUGGCACCGUGGAGAAAGAUCGCCGCAGCAAGAAGAAGCAAGACCUGCUAGAAAAAGCCUGUCGUCAGGGUCUUCCCUUUGCCUCAUGGGAUGGCCCCACCGUGGUCACAUGGCUUGAGUUGUGGGUGGGCAUGCCCGCCUGGUAUGUGGCUGCGUGUCGUGCCAAUGUGAAGAGCGGUGCCAUUAUGGCCAACCUGUCGGACACAGAGAUCCAGCGGGAGAUUGGCAUCAGUAACCCCCUGCACCGCCUUAAACUGCGCCUGGCCAUUCAGGAGAUGGUGUCCCUCACCAGCCCCUCGGCACCGGCCAGCACACACUCUUCGACCAGUAAUAUCUGGAUGACUCAUGCAGAAAUGGAGUCAUUGACCGCUACCAUAAAACCAGAAGUGAAGGAGUUCAGCUGGGACCAGAUCCUGGCCUAUGGGGACAUGAAUCAUGAGUGGGUAGGGAAUGAGUGGUUGCCCAGCCUGGGUCUGCCCCAGUACCGUUCCUACUUCAUGGAGUCUCUGGUGGAUGCUCGCAUGCUGGACCACCUCACCAAGAAGGAGCUUAGGGGACAGCUUAAAAUGGUGGACAGCUUCCACAGGGUCAGUCUGCAUUAUGGCAUCAUGUGCUUGAAGCGUUUGAACUACGACAGGAAGGAGCUUGAAAGGAGGAGGGAUGAGAACCAACAUCAGAACCAAGAUGUGAUGGUAUGGUCCAAUGAUCGAGUGAUGUGUUGGGUCCAGGCCAUUGGGCUAAAGGAGUUUGCAGAUAAUCUCACAGAGAGUGGGGUCCAUGGGGCCCUCCUAGCCCUGGACGACACGUUUGAUUACACCGACCUAGCCCUGCUCCUCCAGAUGCCCAAUCAGAACACACAGGCGAGGCAGACGCUGGAGAAGGAGUACAAUGCCCUCAUCUCCAUGGGAACUGAGAGAAGACCAGAUGAGGAUGGCACUAAGACAUUCAGUCGUUCACCCUCGUGGAGAAAGAUGUUCAGAGAGAAGGACCUCCGGGGCGUGACCUCUGAUUCCUCGGAAACGUUACCCGCCAACUUCCGUGCCUCCGCAAUCUCCAKSCCCUCCGUCACCCUGAGGAAAGUCCAAAGUGAAGUGAACUCCGGGCCCAGGGGUGAGUCAGGGUCAGUGAGAACAUAUUCCUGCUAGAGAUAAGCACACCAGAGUCCGAAAAAAAAUCCACCCAGUUUAAGAUGAAGAUCAUCAACAAAAUGGAGAAUAGAACACAAACAACAAGAAUUCAUUUGGAAUCCUUCAAGAAACAAGGACAAUGUGAGAGAAUGAAAAGAUGCAAAAAUAGAGUGAAUGUCCAUCUGUCUCGCUCUGUCUCUCUCUCUGUCUCUCUCUCUGUCUCUCUCUCUCUCUGUCUCUCUCUCUGUCUGUCUCUGUCUCUGUCUCUGUCUCUCUCUGUCUGUCUCUGUCUCUGUCUCUCUCUCUCUCUUUUUGGGGGACUGUCGAGAGAACAUGCAUACCCGAUCUGUUAAAAUCUCAGAACAUGGUAUUGGGAUCGUGUUUCUCAACCUUUUUGUGACAUGAACAGGCAAGAUAAGGUCUUUUCUUUACUAAGGACCCACAAGUUAAGGUCCUUCUCUCUUGGGGAACCAUUUACAUUAAAACGAGCACUUGAGAACUGACUAAAUCAGGUACAGCUAACCAUCUGAGGGACCAGUCAGCAUCAUCCAAGGAACUGAUCGGUCUGUGGACCAGAGGUUGAGGAACACUGUGUUAGGGGAGAGGGAGGUUACGAAAUAAGUUAUAAGGGUUAUAAACAGUUAUGAAGGGAGAGUAUGUGAGGGAAUGGAAUCAUGUUCUUAAGCCAUAACAUUCAACAUGAGGUGCACAAUGAGAAGGACAAUGGACAAUGAGUGAAGUGCAUUAUGACAAAAUCCUGUUCCAACAACAAAAAAGUUUGUUAAUAUGCAUGCCAAAACAAAACCAUUUUAGAGUGAGAUUAAUGAUAUCAAUCAUGUAAUGACAUGAAAGCUUGGGUACGGGUAAUUUGUAAAAUGUGUGUUUUAUUUGUAUAAUUUUUUUGUGUGUGUGUAUCUGAACUGUAUGUUCAUUUUAUACUUAGUUAAGACUGACUGUAAUUUUUGUUUAAAGUAAAUGCGUUUUAAGUUAUGGACAUUUAAGAUAARAUUGUAUAUGUACAUUUUAAAAACAACUUAUGAUUUAAAUUAAUGAAGAGUAGUGAUGAUAAUUGAAAAUAAUAUAACAAUAAUGAUAAUGAUUGUAAAAGCUGUAAUUAAAAAAUACCUGUAAAAUG